CGGGAGUCCUGGCGGCUGUUAACGCGCGCUUUGGGUAGAGGAAGGUUAAGCUGCAGUGUUUGGGAUUCAGCUCUGCGGCUCGUUCCAGCCUUGCCUGGGAUUCCCCUCCCAAGCCCGGGUCUUCUGCGUGUCUUGCCUGGACUCCUGCUCUGCCUCCCUUAGGCCCGCUCCGCACUUCGACCUGGGAAAUCCCUUCUCGGGACUCGCCCUCCCCAGGCCUCAGAUUACCCCCCAACGCUCCGCGCUGCUACCCGCUGCCUUCAGGUCCAUCUGGGGCCGUUAUCUCGACUCCCCUCUGCCCAGUCUGGCCGUCCCUUCCCCUGUCUCUUCCCCCCAUCCUAGACCUCUACCCACUUCUGAUUGGGUACUUCCUUUUUGCCCUUCUCUCCCGCCUUGGCUACCUGGAGACCGACACUCUUCAUACUUCGGGCCCAAACCUCAGCCCCUGGCUGUAUUCCUUCCAUCCCUGCUCCUUUAAUUAGCCCAUGCUCUCAAAAGAGUAGCAGCCCGCUCUUUACUAGGCUGGUUCUACAUUCUCAGCUGCUGGGUGCCUUUGACCUUUGCCUAAUGGGUACUUGACAUUUUAUAUUCCUGGGUCCAGGAUGAGGAGGAGCCUAGCUCCCAGCCAGCUGGCCAAAAGAAAACCGGAAGAUGGACCCUCUGAUGAUGACGACUGGCAGCCUGGAGCAGUGACUCCUAAGAAACCUAAGAAAUCCAGCUGUGAGACCCAGAGCCAGGAGUGUUUCCUGUCUCCUUUUCGGAAACCUUUGACUCAGCUAACGAAUCGACCACCCUGUCUGGACAGCAGUCAACAUGAAGCAUUUAUUCGAAGCAUUUUGUCAAAGCCUUUCAAAAUCCCCAUUCCAAAUUAUCAAGGUCCUCUGGGCUCUCGGGCAUUGGGCCUCAAACGGGCUGGGGUCCGCCGAGCCCUCCAUGACCCCCUGGAAGAAGGUGCCUUGGUUCUGUAUGAGCCUCCCCCACUGAGCGCCCAUGACCAGCUGAAGUUUGACAGGGAAAAACUUCCCGUUCAUGUGGUUGUUGAUCCUCUUCUGAGUAAGGUCUUGAGGCCUCAUCAGAGAGAGGGAGUAAAGUUCCUGUGGGAGUGUGUCACCAGUCGGCGCAUCCCCGGGAGCCAUGGCUGCAUCAUGGCUGAUGAGAUGGGCCUGGGCAAGACACUGCAGUGCAUCACACUGAUGUGGACGCUUCUGCGCCAGAGUCCAGACUGCAAGCCAGAAAUCGACAAGGCAGUGGUGGUGUCGCCCUCCAGCCUAGUGAGGAACUGGUACAAUGAAGUUGGGAAAUGGCUUGGAGGGAGGAUCCAACCUCUGGCCAUCGAUGGAGGCUCUAAGGACGAGAUAGACCAAAAGCUGGAGGGAUUUAUGAACCAGCGUGGUGCCAGAGUGCCUUCUCCCAUCCUCAUCAUUUCCUAUGAGACUUUCCGCCUUCACGUUGGAGUCCUCCAGAAAGGAAGUGUUGGACUGGUCAUAUGUGAUGAGGGACACAGGCUCAAGAACUCCGAGAAUCAGACUUAUCAAGCCCUGGACAGCUUGAACACCAGCCGACGGGUGCUUAUCUCCGGGACCCCCAUCCAGAAUGAUCUCCUUGAGUAUUUCAGCUUGGUACACUUUGUCAAUUCGGGAAUCCUGGGAACCGCCCAGGAGUUCAAGAAGCAUUUUGAAUUGCCAAUUCUGAAGGGUCGAGAUGCAGCUGCCAGUGAGGAAGAUAGGCGUGUAGGAGAGGAGCGACUGCGGGAGCUCACCAGCAUUGUGAAUAGGUGCCUGAUACGGAGGACAUCUGAUAUCCUUUCUAAAUAUCUGCCUGUGAAGAUCGAGCAGGUGGUUUGUUGUAGGCUGACACCACUUCAGAUUGAAUUAUAUAAGAGGUUUUUGAGACAGGCCAAGCCAGCAGAAGAGUUGCGUGAGGGCAAGAUGAGUGUGUCUUCUCUUUCUUCCAUCACCUCACUGAAGAAACUCUGUAAUCAUCCAGCUUUAAUCUAUGACAAGUGUGUGGAAGAGGAAGAUGGCUUUGAAGGUACCUUGGACAUAUUUCCCCCUGGUUAUAACUCCAAGGCUCUAGAGCCUCAGCUGUCAGGUAAGAUGCUGGUCCUUGAUUACAUUCUGGCGGUGACCCGAAGCCACAGCAGUGACAAAGUAGUGCUGGUGUCCAAUUACACUCAGACAUUGGACCUCUUUGAGAAACUCUGCCGGGCCCGAAGGUACUUAUAUGUUCGCUUAGAUGGCACAAUGUCCAUUAAGAAGCGAGCCAAGGUUGUGGAGCGCUUCAACAACCCAUCGAGUCCUGACUUUGUCUUCAUGCUAAGCAGCAAAGCUGGGGGCUGUGGCCUCAAUCUCAUCGGGGCUAACCGACUGGUCAUGUUUGACCCUGACUGGAACCCAGCGAAUGAUGAGCAAGCCAUGGCCCGGGUCUGGCGUGAUGGUCAAAAGAAGACCUGCUAUAUCUAUCGCCUGCUGUCUGCAGGAACCAUUGAGGAGAAGAUCUUUCAGCGUCAGAGCCACAAGAAAGCACUGAGCAGCUGUGUGGUGGAUGAGGAGCAGGAUGUGGAGCGACACUUCUCUCUCGGCGAGUUGAAGGAGCUGUUUACCCUGGAUGAGGCUAACCUCAGUGACACACAUGACAGGUUGCGCUGCCGCCGCUGUGUCAACAACCACCAGGUCUGGCCACCCCCUGAUGGUUCUGACUGCACCUCAGAUCUGGCUCAGUGGAACCACAGCACUGAUAAGCGGGGGCUCAAGGAUGAGGUACUCCAGGCUGCUUGGGAUGCUGCCUCCACUGCCAUCACCUUUGUCUUCCACCAGCGUUCCCAUGAGGAGCAGCGGGGCCUCCACCUUUAACCAGCUGGUCUGGUAACCAGCCGACUGGUGUCUACUCUACUGAGUCAUGCCCUCAAGCAUCAGUCAGGCCAGAGUCACAAAACAUGAUAGAAUGUGUGGCAGCUUGUGGCUGCUAGCUGAAUGAUGGGCCUAGGAAACAGCAGAGACCUCUGGACUUUUCUUGUAGGUCAUGGGUAACAUCUAAAACUAAGCUGGAGAAUGACAAUGAUCCAAUAGGGAAUACUUUAAAAGCGUCAUUGGGUAGGAAUGGGGCAGAAAACUAUAUCCCACAGAAGGGAGUAGGAUCAAGAAAGGUUAGGGUAAUUAAUGCCACAAAGCAAGUAAUUCUGUGGAAGCGACACCUUUAUCUCUGGACUGAGCAGGCUCCUGUUGAGUCAUUUAACUAAACCUUAACUAGCCCUUGGUAAAACCGUUGUUUUUUUUUUUGCUAGACAAGUCAUGAGCAGCAGAUCUUGUUCCUACCUGCUAACAAAAGCAUGUGAUGGGAACUGGGGAAAUAGAGUACUGUGAAAAAAUAAAAGGAUGGGUACUUAACACCCAGGCUAGCUUACAUCAGUAAAGACUUUCCAGGAAGGUCCUAAACAUAAAAGAGGCUAAAAGGCAGAAGAAGAGUGACUGGCAGAGUGAACUUGGCAUAUAUCAAGACCUGAAGGAGAAAGCAGGUUCUAAGAACUGAAAAAUUCUCAAUGUGGCUGGUAUAUGAAGUAUAAGGGAGGGAAGUAUUCAACUAUAGAGGUGAGCAGGGGUAAGAACAUGAAUGACCCUGUAAGUAAAACUUAAGUAGGUGACAAGAAGCCACUGAGUUUUUAGAUGAAUGAAUGACCGAUUUGCACAUUGAAAUUACUUGGAUUGUGGCAUAAACAACUAUGGUGAGUAUGGAGGAACUGCUGAAAUGAUGAAUCCAGGUGAGAAGUAAUGAUGUGAAUCAGAUGUGGAGAUAAGUGAUUCUGAGAGGUUAUAAAGAUACAACUUGUAUCUUUAAUAUAUGUGGAGUAAGAGAUGUAUCUUUAAUGUAUGUGGAGUAAGAAUCCAGGUUUCUUUUGGGCAACUGAAUCAUCUGUGAUGUCACUGAGAACAGAAGGAAGAGGAUCCGUUCAGCUUGGGGAAUGUGUUUUAUAAAUACUGUGAUUCCUAGUUGUCAGAUGGAAAAACUGGUCUGGAGUUAAGAUAUGUGCUAAUGUCAAAAUGGAGGUGUCUUCACCAUGGUUGGCCUUUGAAAUCAAGGAAAUGGACAAAAUUGUCCAGGAAACACGUAAAGUGGGAGAGCUUUGAGAAACUCUGAAUAUUAAGGCAAAUACUGUCCAGAAAGGGAGAAAAAGUCAGGAAAUUUUGAGGUAGUAGAAGUGAGACUUACAUGAAGAAGAAAAUGCAGAAUCAAGAAUAUGAGGACUAGAAAGUAUAUACUGGACUUAGCAACAUGGAUAACCUUGGUCACAAUGCAGUAGAGGGAGUGUAAGCAAGCCUGAAGUGGCUGUGAGUAGAAGAAAGCACAGAUGACUCUUAAGGUUGUCUGUGAAGGUCAGGAGAGAAUAGGACAGUAGUUCAUAAGUAGAACAUGGAGGAGGUAUGGUGGUAGUUUUUGGUGGAUACCUGAUCCAGAGAAGAGAGGCAGCAUUAAGUAGUUAGUGCUUUAAAAGCAUGAAUCCUGGAGCCAAGUUACCUGGGUUUGAAUUCUAGGUCUAUAAUUUAUCGACUUAUCCUGGGCAAGUCACUGUAAAGUGACCCUUGUAAGCUUCACAACUGUAAGGAUUAAACCAGUUAAUAAAGAAUAUUUAAAGUAUGCCAGGCAUGUAAUAGGCAGUAUAUAAAAGUUCUUAUUAAGGCAUUUGAAAAACAAGCUUUCCUAGGGAGGUGAGUGUAUGGAUCUGGAGCACAAGCAGAUGAAUUAGCCUUAGGACAGCCAUUUAUCCCAUUGUGAUGAAAAGAGUGCAAAUGCAUAAGUUUAUAGGUUGGUUAACAAGUUGAAGGAGUUCAUGUGUGAUGGCUUCUAUUUUCUCUGAAGCAGGUGAGUUUUGCUAGGAAAGGAAAAGAGGAAAGGAUUUGGGAGUAGGAAUGGAGCUAACAUUGCAAACAGGGUUCAUAUGAGCUUGAUGACCAGGAAUGUAUAUAGUGCACCAAUCUGCAAUUGUGUGACUUCAGCAGCAUUCAGCAACGGGCAGAUUCCUGGGUUUAGUAAGAACUGAAGUUUGGCUAGCUGGGCACAACAAGGUGGGCAAGAACUGAGGACUGUUAGGUUGCUGGUCUGAUCUUUAAAAAAAAAAAAGUGUCCCACACCUUUUUGUACAGCUCCUUUGAUAUGAUAGGUAAGAUCCAAUCUCAGCCCUCUCCUUGGGCCUAUAUGUUAUAUUUUCCCACCUGCCCUUGGUUAGCCUACUAUAUCUAAAGUAGACUCUUAAGAUUCUCACUGCUCCUCAGGAACCCCUGCUUCCAACUAGAUCAAGCCAUAGUAGCACUGAGUCUGCCACUAAGUCUCCUCCCUGAGGUGGGUAGGGCCACACCUCUGGCUUCCUGAUCAUAGCCCCUCUUCCCCCCAACAGGGUUGGGCACAGCUGGUGCUGCUGGGAGACCAAAUCUCAGCCCUCCAGGGC